AUGGCGGGCGCCGCCGGUACCCGAGCGCGGCCGGCGGGCGGGGCGGGGCGGGGCGCGAAGCCUCGCGAGACUUCGGUCGGCGGCCGGGCGCCGGGCCCGCGCCUGGACGGGGCUCCCCGGGGCCCGGCCGAGCCUCGCGCUGCGAGGGCCGCCCCGGGCUGCGCGGGGCGCCGCGUCCCCGGCCCUCGCCCGGCGGUGGGGGCCGCGCGCGCGCGCCGGGUGGCGAGGGGCUGCCCGGUGUGUCCCCUCGGGCCCGGCCCGACGGCAAAUUCCAAAUCCCAGCACGGUCCCUGGCUCCCCGGACCGCCGGGAUCCACCCGUCGCAGCUCCCCGGAUCACUGGGAUCCACCCGUCGCAGCUCCCCGGAUCGCCGGGAUCCACCGGUCGCAGCUCCCCGGACCGCCGGGAUCCACACAUCUUAGCUCCCCGGGGCCGCCGGGAUCCACCCAUCGCAGCUCCCCGGGACCGCUGGGAUCCACCCAUCUUAGCUCCCCGGAUCGCCGGGAUCCACCCAUCGCAGCUCCCCGGGACCGCUGGGAUCCACCCAUCUUAGCUCCCCGGAUCGCCGGGAUCCACCCGUCGCAGCUCCCCUGGAUCGCCGGGAUCCACCCAUCGCAGCUCCCCAGGGCCGCCGGGAUCCACCCGUCGCAGCUCCCCGGAUCUCCGGGAUCCACCCGUCGCAGCUCCCCGGAUCGCCGGGAUCCACCCAUCUUAGCUCCCCGGAUCGCCGGGAUCCACCCAUCGCAGCUCCCCGGAUCGCCAGGAUCCACCCAUCGCAGCUCCCCGGAUCGCCGGGAUCCACCCAUCGCAGCUCCCCGGAUCGCCGGGAUCCACCCGUCGCAGCUCCCCUGGAUCGCCGGGAUCCACCCGUCGCAGCUCCCCGGAUCGCCAGGAUCCACCCAUCUUAGCUCCCCGGGCCGCCGGGAUCCACCCAUCGCAGCUCCCCGGGACCGCCGGGAUCCACCCGUCGCAGCUCCCCUGGAUCGCCGGGAUCCACCCAUCGCAGCUCCCCAGGGCCGCCGGGAUCCACCCCUCCCCGGAUCGCCGGGAUCCACCCAUCGCAGCUCCCCGGAUCGCCAGGAUCCACCCAUCGCAGCUCCCCGGAUCGCCGGGAUCCACCCAUCGCAGCUCCCCGGAUCGCCGGGAUCCACCCGUCGCAGCUCCCCUGGAUCGCCGGGAUCCACCCGUCGCAGCUCCCCGGAUCGCCAGGAUCCACCCAUCUUAGCUCCCCGGGCCGCCGGGAUCCACCCAUCGCAGCUCCCCGGGACCGCCGGGAUCCACCCGUCGCAGCUCCCCUGGAUCGCCGGGAUCCACCCAUCGCAGCUCCCCAGGGCCGCCGGGAUCCACCCGUCGCAGCUCCCCGGAUCGCCGGGAUCCACCCAUCUUAGCUCCCCGGAUCGCCGGGAUCCACCCGUCGCAGCUCCCCGGAUCGCCGGGAUCCACCCGUCGCAGCUCCCCGGAUCGCCGGGAUCCACCCGCCGCAGCUCCCCGGAUCGCCGGGACCCACCCGUCGCAGCUCCCCGGAUCGCCGGGACCCACCCGUCGCAGCUCCCCGGAUCGCCGGGAUCCACCCGCCGCAGCUCGCCCUCCUCCCACGUGGACGCCGUCGGCUUGCGGCCGUCUCCUCUCCCUUCCGCCUUGAGCCGUCACACCGCGCUUCCUCUGACGGCCGCCGGGACAGAUUGA